AUGACUUGGUCGGUAAGCAGUUGUUUCAUUAGUCUGGUAGUACUGUUCCUUUGGCAGGUCGAUGAAAUCUCAGAAGCUUGCACUUGCAUGACUGUGCUGCAUCCUCAACAGGGUUUUUUGCAAUGCAGACGUCGGUAAGGCAAUUUUGGCAACAUUUCUUACUUCUGGAGUUUCUCUUCACAUGUCGAUAGGCCGCGUACUACACUAUCAAUGCGCAUCAUGCAAAAAUGUUAGGAAUUUUGUGGUCGUUGUAAUGUUAGCAUUUUGAGGACAUGAUCAUUAGGCAUAUAUUUACAUCUUCUCACAAGUAGUUACAUUAAGUCAGCAACAGUAAAAUGGGCUACACCUGGGGUUUAUUCAUUAAAGAUCUAACGAAACGGAGGGACUGCGAAGAGCUGUCCUUGGUAUAUUCUCCAAAAUGAUUGAGGGACACAUUGCGGGAUAUGAGAUCUAAUUGUUUGGAAUGAUUGCUUUGGCUUUGCUGCUGAGGGCGUGAGCUCUGUUGGUAGAGCAUGGCCCUAAAGCCUGUGACAUCUUGGGUCUGUAAAGGAUUCCAUGUACUCUCAGAUCCCACAACACCCUGAAUCCAUUAGUGUCUAACUAUGUUUUUCUCUUCUAGUGAUCAGGGCAAAGGUGGUUGGAGUGAAUGUUGGGUCUAACACCAUCAAGUAUGACAUCCAACAGAUCAAGGUAUGAUCAGCCUUUUUAUUAAGUGGUUGUUCCUUCCUGCACUGGAACAUUGAAGCCCCCUGAACCCCAGUCUGACAGCUGGUCCCAAUUCGCUCCCUUCCCCUUGGCCCAACCCUUCAAUGUUUGCAGAUAUUAAGGAUCUGGAUAGGUAUAAGCUGUGCCGUUGUGGUGCUUCCACCAUAUGAAAAAAAAAAAAAAAGGUUAACUUCUAUAGAAAUGCCUCUUGAUUUAAUAGUAGAGAUUUUAUUAUUCAGUCGCUGUUCCAACUGGCCCUUGACUAUGGCAACAUCCUCUAUAUGAACUCCGCUGCCGCUUCAUUAAAGCAUCAUUACAUUCUCUACCAGAAAGUUGGUUGGCCCUCUGUCACAGGUUGAUACAUUGCUAUGUUUUCAUUUAUAAAGUCCUUUUACAAAAAAUUCCCACUGUUCCUUACAUCAUUACUAAGACAUGAGUUAGCCAUCCCUGAGACUGGGUGUGGUAACUGGAAAUUCCUUUUGUCUCUACGGAGUUAGGUAAACCAGCUUUAAGUAUUUAUUUUUUUGCACCUGAAUUUGUGGAACCAUCUAUCAAAUGUUCAAAUAUUUGUUUUGGUGACUCUCGGACAAUUCAGAAAGCUAUUUAUUUAAUUUUUAUGACAGUGUUCUUUCUGCUUGCAUUUUUUUUUCUAUACACUGCUCAAAAAAAUAAAGGGAACACUUAAACACAAUCUAACUCCAAGUCAAUCACACUUCUGUGAAAUCAAACUGUCCACUUAGGAAGCAACACUGAUUGACAAUACAUUUCACAUGCUGUUGUGCAAAUGGAAUAGACAACAGGUGGAAAUUAUAGGCAAUUAGCAAGACACCCCCAAUAAAGGACUGGUUUUGCAGGUGGUGACCACAGACCACUUCUCAGUUCCUAUGCUUCCUGGCUGAUGUUUUGGUCACUUUUGAAUGCUGGCGGUGCUUUCACUCUAGUGGUAGCAUGAGACGGAGUCUACAACCCACACAAGUGGCUCAUGUAGGGCACAUCAAUGCGAGCUGUGGCAAGGUUUGCUGUGUCUGUCAGCGUAGUGUCCAGAGCAUGGAGGCGCUACCAGGAGACAGGCCAGUACAUCAGGAGGCUGUAGGAGGGCAACAACCCAGCAGCAGGACUGCUACCUCCGCCUUUGUGCAAGGAGGAGCAGGAGGAGCACUGCCAGAGCCCUGCAAAAUGACCCCCAGCAGGCCACAAAUGUGCAUGUGUCUGCUCAAAACGGUCCGAAACAGACUCCAUGAGGGUGGUAUGAGGGCCCGACGUCCACAGGUGGGGGUUGUGCUUACAGCCCAACGCCAUGCAGGACGUUUGGCAUUUGCCAGAGAACACCAAGAUUGGCAAAUUCGCCACUGGCGCCCUGUGCUCUUCACAGAUGAAAGCAGGUUCACACUGAGCACGUGACAGAGUCUGGAGAUGCCGUGGGAGAACAUUCUGCUGCCUGCAAACAUCCUCCAGCAUGACCGGUUUGGCGGUGGGUCAGUCAUGGUGUGGGGUGGCAUUUCUUUGCGGGGCCGCACAGCCCUCCAUGUGCUCGCCAGAGGUAGCCUGACUGCCAUUAGGUACCGAGAUGAGAUCCUCAGACCCCUUGUGCGACCAUAUGCUGGUGCGGUUGGCCCUGGGUUCCUCCUAAUGCAAGACAAUGCUAGACCUCAUGUGGCUGGAGUGUGUCAGCAGUUCCUGCCAAGAGGAAGGCAUUGAUGCUAUUGACUGGCCCGCCCGUUCCCCAGUCCUGAAUCCAAUUGAGCACAUCUGGGACAUCAUUUUUCGCUCCAUCCACCAACGCCACGUUGCACCACAGACUGUCCAGGAGUUGGCAGAUGCUUUAGUCCAGGUCUGGGAGGAGAUCCCUCAGGAGACCAUCCGCCACCUUAUCAGGAGCAUGCCCAGGCGUUUGUAGGGAGGUCAUACAGGCACGUGGAGGCCACACACACUACUGAGCCUCAUUUUGACUUGUUUUAAGGACAUUACAUCAAAGUUGGAUCAGCCUGUAGUGUGGUGUUCCGCUUUAAUUUUGAGGGUGACUCCAAAUCCAGACCUCCAUGGGUUGAUAAAUUUGAUUUCCAUUGAUAAUUUUUGUGAUUUUGUUGUCAGCACAUUCAACUAUGUAAAGAAAAAAAGUAUUUAAGAUUAUUUCAUUCAUUCAGAUCUAGGAUGUGUUAUUUUAGUGUUCCCUUUAUUUUUUUGAGCAGUGUAUGUUUCUGUAAUUCAAGGCUCCUCUGUAAAAGUGACCCUGGUUAAAUAAGAAAUGAUUGCUUGCAGAUCUGCAAACAUCAAAGGGUUAGUGCUGAGGGGAUGGGGUAUAGAGUGGGAAUUAGUAAAGACUGACAGUGCCUGAGAGCUGCAGUCAGUGCGGUUCAAAACUGUUUGACAGAUCCUUCAUUCUCUCCUUGUGAUUGGCUAGAUGUUCAAAGGUCCUCACCGGGUUAUCCACGCCGUCUUCACUGCAUCCUCCCCAGCCGCAUGCGGCGUGACUCUGCAAAUCAACAAGGAGUAUCUCUUCACAGGUGCGUUUCUCACUACGUUACCCAAGUUCCAUUGCCAGCAGUGGUUAACCCUAUCAGUCCCGAGACCCCAGCAAAAAUCUGCUUUUCAUUUAUUUGCAUGUCCAGCCCUUACAUUUAGCCUCGCUGAAGUGUUUUUUAUUUUCUUUUUAGGACAACCAGGGCUACAAGUGAAACGCAAAACAAUUUGACAUAAACAGUUGCAUUCAUGAGUUUUAUUGACCAAUGUAAAGAAAUAUUAGGUCCGCCAAAGCAAAAACCUGAUAAAAAUGAAUGUCAAUGCUGUAAGUACAGAAAUUGUUUGCUCAGUUGGAAAUUGAUAUCCAACUAGUCGGUGACAACUGUUUGGUGUUUGUGACAACUAUGUAAGCGUAUUACAUUACUGAAGACACUAUGUCCUUGGAUUUCAUAUGAUGUAUGUAGAAGAACACUUAACUUCUAACUUGUGCGCGUCAGAGCAGAAUAUGUUAGGUUGUGUGUUAGCGUUUCAUAAAUGGCUUUUAAUAGUGACUCUACAGACGUUUUUGUAAAAGACCCUGCCCUUGGCCCCUUUUGGGAUCUGCCCUUGUCUCACAAACCCCUCUCUACCUCAGCCUCCGUUAAUCACAAACUAAUGGUUGGUACCAGCGGAUGCAGUAGACAUGGACUAAUCCAAUGUUACAACCCAGAAGUGUGUAUCUCAAACACACUGUUUUAAAAGGGAUUAGAAGUCCAAAAACUGCCACUCACUGGGACUGAUUGGGUUUAAACUGCUUAAAAUGCUUACAGCAUCAUGGCCUGCUCUAAACUAUUGACUUCACCUGGUAUAAGAAAACAAGUGCCUUAGAAACAAUACAUUCUCUGUACAUCUUCAAGUUACACUUAUAAUAAUUUACAAAUGCUUACACGUUUACAAUUCAUUAAAUGAUUAUGAAACAAUGUUUAUAAUGCUUAUACAGUGUCUAUAGAAAGUCUACACCCCCCUUUCAAAGUGUUCACCUUUUGAUGUCUUAUAGCAGGGGUGAAAAGUCAUUCCACGGAGGUUUGAGUGUCUGCAGGUUUUUCCUUUCAAUUAAGACUUAGACAACCAGGUGAGGAGCUCCUUACUAAUUAGCUGUGGUGAGAAAAAGUAUCCAAUUGUCAUACUUGAGUAAAAGUAAAGAUAACGUAAUAGAAAAUGACUCAAGUAAAAGUCACCCAGUAAAAUACUACUUGAUUAAAAGUAUUUGGUUUUAAAUAUACUUAAGUAUAAACCAUUUCAAACUCUUUAUUAAACAAACCAGACGGCACCAUUUUUAUUUUGUAUUACUUACAGAUAGCCAGGGGCACACCAACACUCAGACAUAAUUUACAAACAAAGCAUGUACACUACAUAACCAAGUAUGUGGACACCUGCUCGCGUAACAUCUGUUGUGGAAAUUCUAACCAAUAAGGAGAGACAUUGUUAUUUCUUCAAAAUGAUACUUUUAUCGACUUAAUUAUUGCAAUAACUCACUAUCUCCUGUCUGUAGGCAAGCUGGUGACUGGAAGGAUGUACGUAACACAGUGUGGCUAUAAUAUGCCCUGGGAAGACUUGAGUGCCACGCAAAAGAAGAGCUUGACUCACCGCUACCAAAGCGGCUGCGAUUGCAAGGUGUUUGUGUGAUGGGAAUUAUUGUGAUAUUACUGUACACCAAUAUUUACACAGCACUUUUUCUAAAAGGAAGUAUACUACUCUGGUCACAUUGGUAAAACGCAUGAGCUCGAGUAUUGGGAUAAUGAUCUGUCAGUGAUCUUGGUCUUCUGUCUCUCUGCUCCGAUCCACAGAUCAUCCGCUGCACUUCCCUCCCCUGUCCGAUCAGCGCCCCGGAUGAGUGCCUGUGGACGGACUGGUUGUCCAACUAUGGCCAAAGUGGACCUCAGGCCCAAAACCUUGCCUGUAUCAAGAGGAGAGAUGGGUCCUGUGCCUGGAAGUAG